AUGGCGCGCGCCUCGCUCCGCGCCGCUGCGACGCUGCGCGAGCUGGCGGCCUCUCAGGCCUGCGGCGCGGCGGUCGUUCUCCGCGCGGGCGACCACUCCUUCUCGCGGCCGCGCGUGCUCGAUAUGCUGGGCGAGCUCUCCGCGGCGCGUGCAGCGCGGACAACACAGAGCGCGGUGCUCAUGGGUACCGACGGCGCGGAGCACGGGUCGCUGGGCAGCAACAUGGCGAAGGUGGCGCGCAUGGACGCGGCGGCGCGCGCCAAGCACUUCCAGGAGCUCGCCAACCUCAUGCGCUCGCUCGGCACCUUGUCCGACGGAGGAGGGUGGGCGCCGGCCGUCGUCGCUCUGGACGGCGUGCUGUGCGGCUCGGCGGUCGGCGCGGCGCUGCACGCGCCCUUCUUCGUCGCGACGGAGCGGACGCGCCUCUGCCUGCCCGGCCCCUCGCACGGCUGCCCGCCGGAGUCGCUCGCGUCGCACCGGCUGGCACGGCUGCCGCACGCGCUCGGCCGCUACCUCGCGCUGACGGGCGCGGCGCUGACGGGGCCCGAGUGCUACGCGCUCGGGCUGGCGACCCACCUCUGCGAGGCGCACGCGCUGCCGCAGCUCGCCGACGCCCUCGGCGAGGGCUUCUCUGACGGCGGAGAGGGCGGAGCUGCGGCCGGCGGAGAGGGCGAGCGGCGGCUGCUGUGGCGCGUGUCUCGCCGGCUGUCGGACGCGUGCGUGGAGCUGCCUCCGCUGGGCGGGUGGGGGGAGGAGCACGCGCUCUACUACGCGCCGCAGGUCGAGGCCGCCUUCUCGCGCGGCUCUCUCCCCGAGGUGCUUCGCGAGGCGUCGCCGCUCGCGCUGUCGCUCACCUUUGCGCAGCUCCGUGCCGCCGAGGAGACGGACUGCUGGGCGGCGGCGGCGCGCGCGGAGGCCGAGUCGUGCGCCGCGGCCGCCGCGACGGCGGACUUCCGCGCAGGCGCCGGGUUGCUCCACCGCUCCAAGGUCGAGCUUCUGCAGGCGGUCGAGACCGAGGCGCGGCGGCGGCACGAGACGCGAGCCGUCGGCGAGAUCGCCAGGCGGGCGGCGGCGAGGGCGGCGCGCGAGGAGGCGCGCGGGCCGCCCGUCCCUCCCGCGCCGCCGGCGUGGGAGCACGGGUCGGUGGAGGAGGUGGAGGACGAGGCGGUCGCGAGGCUCGUCACGCCCCUCUUCUGA